AUGUCAGAGAUGACAGGGAGCACCCCCAGCUACCUGUGGUCCUUACAGGAUGUCCUGGGUCAAGGGGCUACUGCUUGCGUCUACAAGGGUCGAAAUAAGAGGUCGGGUGAGUUGGUAGCCGUCAAGGUGUUCAACCUGGCGAGUUAUAAUCGCACACAAGAGGUACAGAUGAGGGAGUUCGACUUGCUGAGGAAGCUCAACCAUAAGAAUAUUGUGGAACUUUACGCCGUGGAGGAACUGCCGUCCAAGCAGAAAGUGCUGGUCAUGGAAUUUUGCUCAGGGGGAAGUUUGCUCAAUCUGCUUGAACAACCAGAAAAUGCUUUUGGCCUGGCCGAGACUGAGUUUCUCACCGUAUUGCAAUGUGUUGUGCAGGGAAUGAACCACCUUCGAGAGAACGGCGUGGUUCACAGAGAUAUCAAACCUGGCAACAUAAUGAGGCAGACGGGCGAGGACGGUAGGUCCGUUUAUAAGCUGACUGACUUUGGAGCGGCCAGAGAGUUGGAGGAUGACGAGAAGUUUGUGUCCAUCUACGGAACUGAAGAAUACCUGCACCCCGACAUGUAUGAGCGCGUGAUGCUCAGGAUGCCUCACCAGAAAUCCUACGGCGUCAGCGUGGACUUGUGGAGCGUCGGCGUGACGUUUUACCACACGGCCACGGGCUCCCUUCCCUUUACGCCUUUCAGAGGGCCUCGCCGGGAUAAGAAGACCAUGUACAAAAUCACCGCAGAGAAACCAGCGGGGACAAUUUCUGGAUUACAGCGGGUUGAAAACGGACCCAUCGAGUGGAGCGCUUACCUGCCUGACAGCUGCCAACUGUCACAAGGUCUCAAGAUGCAUCUGGUCCCCGUACUUGCCGGUAUACUCGAAGCAGAUCAAGAGAGGUGUUGGGCAUUCGAGCAGUUCUUCACAGCCACCACGGACAUCUUGCAACGACAGCCGGUGCACUUGUUUGCUCUCCGGCAAGCCGCGGCGCACUGCGUCUACGUACAUCAUUACAACACGAUUUCUGGCUUCUUUGAGGAGGUGGCCAUGCAGACUGGAAUUGAGGUCCAGCACCAACAGCUGCUAUACUUGGGCCAUGAACUACCACUAGAGGGCAGCAUGAAGGUGGUCAACCUUCCUCACACGACAGCCGCGCGGCCUCUCAUUCUGCUGAGUCAAAGUCAAGAGAUGAGCAAUGGCCUACCCUUCAGAGAACCAGAGACUCCAACGAUCCCAGCCAAGUUUGAUGUCAUGGCAGACUACAACUUUACCAAGAUUGUGGUGGGAGUCGUCCACCAGUAUCAGAGGAUAGUACAACUUCUGCAACGACACAGAGAGCUGAUACUGGAAGGAUAUUACAGUUACAUGAUGAUGCUGCGCAGGGCAUGUGGGGAAGCUAUGGACAGUAUUGCUCAGAUCGGCAUUCGACUCAAAUCCUGCCUCGGCGUACAACACAGGAUACGCACUCUAGGUCACCACACUUCAGAUAACCUGGCCGCAGCUGAGGAGAAUGAUAGGUUGCACCAGGUCACCGAGCACCUGCCCGGGUACGCCGCAGGCAUUCGGGAAUUUCAGAACCGCCUGGACCACUUGCAAAUCGAGCAGGCCAAGCUCGCGGAGACGUUGCCCAGUGACAAAAGUUGCCAAAAAAUGCAAAUGCUCCUUCAAAAGAUUGCUGCCAUUCAUCAACUUUACCAAAAAGACCGACUCUUGGGCAGUACGUAAUUGUUAUAUAACGAUGAACAAAUCCACAAAUUUGAAAAAAUUCACCUGUCAUCGCACAUCAAGCGGGUCAAAUCUCUCGUCCGAGAAAACUGUGCGCAAAAAUACAAGGAUCUCUUGGACACCACGAGGACAUGGAGCAGAGUUUUACUAGAGAUGCAGAACCAUCUACAAGACUUCAAUUCCUUCUCUACAGGCUUGUUGGCUGACCUUGAUAUAACUGAGGAGCACCAGAACAAAACUCUGGACAGAAUCUUGGUCACGCUACAGCCAAGCGGAGCGGGACAGCAGCAUGAGGAAAUACAACUCCGGGACAAAGAACUCAUGUUGUCUAGGAUGUACCACCUAAAGGAAGAAAUGGAAAUUCUGGGACAUGAACUGCAGUGUAGCAACACCAUAAUAGAGAGUCUAGAAGCAGUCAACUCCGCAGUGACCGUGAGGCCUAGCGUGGCGCGGCCCGCCACGCUGUGA